GGUUCCGCCCUUUCCCGGCGGCUCCUCCUCCUCCGUCGCAGCAGGGCCGGAGAGGCGUCGGGAGCGAGAGACGUUGUCCAGCGAACCCCGUCAUGGACGAGACCUUAGAUGAACCUCCCACUUCUGCUGUCUUCUUGGACAACUGCCACUUCUCCCAGGUUAUCUUUAAUAACGUGGAGAAGUUUUACGUCCCCGGAGGAGACAUAACCUGCUUUUAUACCCUCACGCAACACAUCACGCCUCGCAGAAAGGACUGGGUGGGCAUUUUCCGGGUGGGAUGGAAAACAACCCGCGAAUAUUACACCUUCAUGUGGGCUCCUUUCCCGAGUGACCUCAGCGGUGAUUCUAUCGUGCAGCAGCAAAUUCAGUUUCGAGCCUACUACCUGCCAAAAGAUGACGAAUAUUACCAGUUCUGUUAUGUUGACGAGGAGGGGGUGGUCCGUGGAGCCAGCGUACCUUUCCAGUUCCGGGCAGAGACCGAGGAUGAUAUCCUGGUGGUUACUACACAGGGAGAAGUGGAGGAGAUUGAGCAACAAAACAAGGAUUUAGUUAAAGAAAACAAGGAACUGAAGGAAAGCUGCCUGUGUCUCCAGAAACAGAACCUGGGUCUGCAGGAGGAGCUCCGGCUGGCACAGGAGAAGAUGAAGGAGCUAGAGGGAGAAGUCUGUUUCUUGCAGACUGGGAACUUGGAGCUGCGGAGAGCUCAGGAGCUACAGGCCGUAGAGAUGAGCUCUGCCCAGAUGAAUUUGGCUUCAAUUAGGGAACAGAACAUAAAACUUGGAAAGGAAAAUCAGGAGCUGCAGAAAGGACUGGAGUCUCUGAGGAGCAGCUGUGAGAAAUUGGAGCUGGAAGGAAAUUUCCUGAAAGAGGAGAACAAGCGGCUGACGGAGCAGAAUGGCUGCAGAGAGAGAGAGCUGCAGCAAUUCAAAGAACACAACCAAGAAGUGUCAUCUGAAAAGGAACAGCUAGAAAGCAGAUUGAAAACUACCCUGGAUCACAUGGACCAGCUGCAGUCACAGGUGUUGAAUCAAGAGAAGGAAAUGGAAAACCUGCUUCGGAUGGACCAUGACAAGACUGAGCAGCUGGAGCAUUUGAAGGAGGAGAAUCGUCAGUUACGCAUUACUUUGACUGAACAGAAAGAGCAGGAAGAGAAGCUGGAACAGUGUCUGGAGGAUCUGAAGGUUACAGAGGCCAGCAUGGCUCUUCAUCUGCAACAUAAGCAGCAUCAAAACCACGAUAUAACAAAGGAACUCGAGGAGAAGAACCAUUUGUUUCAGCUUCUUCAGCGGAAAAAGGAUGAAAUUGAGGAGAAAAAUCUGAGACUAAGGCAAGAGAACAACGAGCUGCUGAUGCGCCUCUCUGAGAGCCCAGAUUAUUCUGCCCGGGUUGCUGUCCCGUCGGCGCAAGUUCCAACUCGGUCUCCAGAAAGUGCAGACCUUUUGUUUGGGAACCCGUACUAUAACUCCCUAGAAACAAGUGCUGUGAACAUGCCCUCUGUGAAGAAAUGCCCCCUGUGUCAUGAGGUCUUUUCUGAUGACAUUGGGCCACGUCAGUACGAGGACCAUGUGCGAAGCCACAUUCUGGAUUGCCCGUUCUGUGACGAGACCUUUGAGGAUAAGCAGGUGUAUGAUGAUCAUGUGUACUGCCACAGCCUGGAAUAAUUCUUCAUUCUGCUUUGUGCUGUAUAGCAGGUGUAUAGCUCCUCUUUCAGG